UCGGCCUCGACGACGAGCAGGCGCUGAUCGAGAGCUACGGUCUGCCACCCACCACGCCUGAGACGCUGGCGCACUUCAACGAGAACGACUUCAGCGGUCUGACCGAGGAAGAAAAGUCGCCGAUGGCGGCCAAGCCGCCGCGCGUGCGUCGUCUUCGCCGUCGCGUGACGCGCGUCCGACAGCGCAAGCUGCCAGAGCUGAUCUCGCUGGACCAGUCCACCGUGUGUCAGGUGUGCCACCGGGACCUGGCGCGCAUGAGCGCCCUGCAGCGCCACCUGGCGUCGGCUCACCCGGAUCGUACCGCCGCCGGCGAGGAGGCCGACGAGCGGCCGCCGCCGUCGACGGUCGACGCCAGCGCCAUCUCGGACCCACGCGACACGUGCGCCAAGGCCGCGGUUGGGGUUCCAGAGACGGGUGUGGAGGUGCCAGCGCCGGCGCCGGCGCCGGCGUUGGUAGAGACGUCGCAGUGCGGGGAUCUGAAGUGCUCAGAGUGCAGCUUCGUGGCGGCGUCCGACGAGCUGCUGCGGGACCACCAGCUGCGACCGCAUCUGCCGCACGUGGCCUGUCCGUACUGCGACCUCAAGUUCGGACAGGCGGCCGCCCUGUACCGACACGUGCGCACCGCUCACCCCGGGCUGCCCGACAAGCCGUCCCAGUGUCACCUGUGCAAAUACAGCAGCGGCCGUCCGAGCCAGGUGCGUCGCCACCUCCGGGACGUGCACGGCCAGGACGACCAGGGCCAGCCGCUGCCGCUCGACCGCCGCUGCCCGCACUGCGAGUUCACCACCUGCAGCGCGCUCAAGCUCAGGAUACACGUGCGCCGUCGGCACACGGAGGACAAGCAGUUCAAGUGCUCCGAGUGUCCUUACAGCACGAUAGAUAAGCAUGCCCUAGUCAAGCAUGUCCGUAUUAAGCACACGGACUUCAGGCCUUUUCGCUGCGAGAUAUGUGACUUCAGGACGUCGACGCUGUCGCGGAUCUCGCGCCACCGGCGCUCGCACACCAAGGAGCGGCCGCACGUGUGCGCCGCUUGCGGUCAGUCGUACGCCGACCGGCGCCGGCUGCUGGAGCACUGCCGGCGUCGGCCGUGA